UACAGGAUGGCACAUACAGCUGCAAGCGUCCAGUCGACGGUGACCACUAAUAACAUGAUAAACCAGUGGAGCAGUGGAGCGUUUGACUGCUGUGAAGACAUGGGCAUCUGCUGCUGUGGUUUCUGGUGUACAUACUGCCUUAUGUGUAAGACCAGUGAGGAUUUUGGAGAAUGUCUCUGUCUCCCUCUGCUGGAGAUAUGCUUUGGUGGCAUAAUGCAUCCUAUUACACUCGCCAUGAGGAGCAGUAUGAGAGAGAGAUUCCACAUUAAGGGUUCGAUACAGAAUGAUUGCUGUAUGGCGACCUGCUGCCCUGCGUGCGUCUGGUGUCAGAUGGCGAGGGAGCUGAAGGCUCGACGGCAAAACCAAGUGGUCGUUAACGUUGCCGUUAACACGGUUCACCAGCAGCCGCAAGCCAGCCGCCGCAAGUUUUCAACCAGCCACCGCAAGCUUUCAACCAGCCAACUCAAGCCAAACCAUCAAUGCCGGCUACCAGCCUAUGUACCCCGUUAAUACUGGCUACUAACGAUCUCAGUGCAUAUGAGCACACCAGCGUUCCUUUAACCCCAAAAUCUGCUGUUUUGUUGAAAUUCCAUAGUGAAAAUGUCGUUUUAAUAUUUAUAACUAGCCUACAUGUUUAACAAUGCCAAUAU